AGGAAGAAGCAGACUCAUAGAGGAAGAGCCUGAUGUGGGGCUCGAUCCCAUAACGCCGGGAUCACGCCCUGAGCCGAAGGCAGACGCUUAACCGCUGUGCCACCCAGGCGCCCCUGAAUCGCCUUUUAAUUGGGUUCUUUUUGUGCGUUUUAAGUACAGGGUUUUUUUUUUUUAAUUUAUCAGGUAAUAGUUUUAACUCAUUUGGUCUCUACUCCCACCAAACAAUAUCUUGUUGCUAUAAUUUUUUAAAUUUAGUUUUCCUAUCAGAAAAACUGCAAAAAUAGCACAAAGAAUCCCAUAUGCCCUUCAGAUUCUCCACUUAUUAACAUUUUACCAUAUUUGGUUUACUGAUCUUUUUUUCUGAAUACUUUGAGGUUUUAGACAAGAUAUUCUUUUUACCUUUCGUAAAUAUUUCACUGUGUAUUUCCUCAAAACACAAGCAUUAAUACAUAGCCAUGGUCCAAUUACCAAAAUUAAGAAAUUAACAUAGAUACAAUACUGUCAUCUAAGUAAGAGACUUUAUUCAAAUUUCACCAAUUAUCCCACUAAAUUCUUUAAAACAACAGAAAAAAUGUCUUUUAAUAAGGACCACGUGGUUGGAAAAUAUGUAAUUGGUGUAGAAGGCAUUCAUUUGGCAUAACAGCACUAGCUUCAAGAACUGUUUUGGAGAGGGAAGGACUCUUAAAGGUUGUCUAAGCCAGUCCCUCAUCCUUAUGAAUACGGAGUAAAUGUGGAGCCGUGAAAGGCUCACAGGUUUAUGGAAAUACAGCGCUGGAGCUGGGACAAGGACCAAAGAACUCGGGGCCAGCUCUCCCGCAGGUGUAACAACUCUACUGUGCACGCCCACUGUCUAUUUUAUAGUUAGAAGAAUAGAAGGGAAACACCAGAAGUAAAAUGCUAUCAUUGUGUGGUAUGUUUUCAGAUGACUUCUUACAUAUUUUUUCAAGUUUCAUUAACAUAUUCAUGUGUUUUUAAAAAUAUAUAUUUUUGAAAAUAAUGUGAACAUUACCAUGAGAUAAAGCAUGAUCAGAGGGAAGUUGAUAAUUUCAUGGGAACAUAUAUGGUGGCUACUUAACUAGGAUAUUACGCAGGUGUUAAUGUCACCUUCCGUUUGCACAGUCCUGGUAAGCCUCCUGUUUAAUAUCUUUUACUGUCUGUAUUUAAAGACACAUACUGUUUCAGGGAGCACCUUUAAUUUUUCCCCCACGUUCACUUUCACAUUUACCUACACACCCAUCCUUACUUCCCUCUCAUGUUUCUUAGGAAAGAGGUGUGUGUUGACCCAUUGAAUCAGUGCACCUGUGUUCUUGAGUUCACGUUCUUUCUUCUUAGAAGGACAUUGCUUUAUCCGUGAUUUCAUCCGUCUCCUGUGCCUGCAGUUCCUACGUCUCUUCUCACCUCUUUCUCUAAGGCUUCCCGAGAAAAAUGCCUUCACUCUGUUAUUCGGUGUGCCUGUCGUGUUUCCAUUCAUCUUUCUUGCCUCGCGCACAUCUAAGCCCUGCACACGUCCUUCUGAGUUGAUGACCUCCAGCUUGGUCCCUGGUGUCUGACUGGUUUCCCAUGGAUGUCCCCACCCAGAAUACAACCCAGAUACCUCACUCACCCUGUCCACGGAACUCAUAAGCCUUCUCAUUACGCUGUUCUUGUGUUUUCGACUUUCAGUUGGUGCUACCACGAUCUGUUCCAUUGUGCUAGCCAAAAAUUUGGCAUUCCUUCCAGAUUCCUCCCUUUGUUUCCCAUCUCCAGCAUGCAGUAAAUAAGUAAACAGAUCCUGUUGGUCUCGUCAUCAUUUGAAUGUGUUUACUUCUUUGUAACCCCAGCGCACUGCCUUCAUUCACCCAGUCCUCGCCGGUUCUCACUGCCCUUCUGGAGUCCCGCCUCCUGUCUCACCUCCACGCCAUUUUCUGCCCCACUUCCAGGAUGCUCUCUCAAAAAUAACACAUCUAAAAAUGCAGUUCUCCUAAUUCCUGCCUCAUUCCCUGUAGCGCAUUGGAUCCGUUCCAGAGGUGUUGGGUAUGGAAUAUGGUGGUUCUGGCAAAGUUUUUCACGCUGGUCACCCACCAUUUCCGUCUCUUAAUAAGAAGCUGAUGGCUGUUUCAGAGUAUGUUACACGUUUUAUGUCACUCCUGCCUUUGCACAUGCUUUUUUCCCCUUGAAUACAUGUUCUUCCCUAUAGCCUCGUAAACUUUUACUGGUUCCUCUACACACUGCUCCUGUCGUUUCCUCUAAGCCUCUUCAUUUCAGCUCAAUCCUGCCUCCUGUGCUCACUGUGCGUACUUCUGUACUUACCACUCUGUCCGCCAGUUACUUGCUUACCUGUUCAGUUCUCCUGUUUGCCUCUAAUUGUGAUCUCCCUGAGCGGACCUGCAUCUCAUUCAUAUGUGGGUCCUCAGUACUGGCUUCGUUCCUGGCUCCUAGUGGGUGCUCAAUAUGUGUUUGUUAAAUUUAAUGGAGUCAAAUAAAAUAUAGGGGAUGAACGUUAAAACUUACUGUAGUAAGUAGUCUUUAGCUCAUGGACAGAGGUAGUCAGUGGACUCAGGAGCUCGUACCGUUAGUUUGGAUCACGGACGGAGGUAGUCAGUGGACUCAGGAGCUCGUACCGUUAGUUUGGAUCACGGACGGAGGUAGUCAGUGGACUCAGGAGCUCGUACCGUUAGUUUGGAUCACGGACGGAGGUAGUCAGUGGACUCAGGAGCUCGUACCGUUAGUUUGGAUCACGGACGGAGGUAGUCAGUGGACUCAGGAGCUCGUACCGUUAGUUUGGAUCACGGACGGAGGUAGUCAGUGGACUCAGGAGCUCGUACCGUUAGUUUGGAUCACGGACGGAGGUAGUCAGUGGACUCAGGAGCUCGUACCGUUAGUUUGGAUCACGGACGGAGGUAGUCAGUGGACUCAGGAGCUCGUACCGUUAGUUUGGAUCACGGACGGAGGUAGUCAGUGGACUCAGGAGCUCGUACCGUUAGUUUGGAUCACGGACGGAGGUAGUCAGUGGACUCAGGAGCUCGUACCGUUAGUUUGGAUCACGGACGGAGGUAGUCAGUGGACUCAGGAGCUCGUACCGUUAGUUUGGAUCACGGACGGAGGUAGUCAGUGGACUCAGGAGCUCGUACCGUUAGUUUGGAUCACGGACGGAGGUAGUCAGUGGACUCAGGAGCUCGUACCGUUAGUUUGGAUCACGGACGGAGGUAGUCAGUGGACUCAGGAGCUCGUACCGUUAGUUUGGAUCACGGACGGAGGUAGUCAGUGGACUCAGGAGCUCGUACCGUUAGUUUGGAUCACGGACGGAGGUAGUCAGUGGACUCAGGAGCUCGUACCGUUAGUUUGGAUCACGGACGGAGGUAGUCAGUGGACUCAGGAGCUCGUACCGUUAGUUUGGAUCACGGACAGAGGUAGUCAGUGGACUCAGGAGCUCGUACCGUUAGUGUAGAUGACGGACGGAGGUAGUCAGUGGACUCAGGAGCUUGUACCGUCAUCCUUAUCAAUUAAAUCAUGACUUAAUUUGGGAAAACCUUUAGGAGUAGAGCUGGAAAGUGUAGAAGAAAUAAAAACUUAAUUUACUCUAAGAUGGAUUUUAAUAUUUUGUGAGAUAGCAAAUAAGGAUCUUGCUAAUGCUGUAUAGAGGUUUCUCCCUUUUCUUUCUUAUAAAAGCAAAUCUGUUUUAAUUCUCAGCUUUUCAGUCCAUCAUUGGAACAGUGGCAAUACCAUAAUUCUAAGAAUCAGAUCAUUUUUGAAGUGCAUUGUAGGAAUUUAUCUUCCUACAGUUUUUCUUUAGUUUAUUAUUGAAAUUAGCCUAGUAUUUAAGAAUCCUGGGAUUCUGCAAUGUUAUCUUUUCUAACUCAUGUAAUGCUUUAAUAUCUAGACUUACACUUAAUGGAUGUUUACAUCUCUGAACACAGAACAACUGAUGGAAAAAAGAAGUACUACCAGUACAAUUUGUGUGGAUAAUCUGUAAAUUUUAAUAUUGAACUUGUCUAAAUACUUUAUGUAGUGUCUUUCAUUGAGUUUUUUUCAGUAAUUAUUUUUAUACUUUCAUUUUUUUUUCCCCAAAUGAAACAA